UAUGCAACAUACACUUUAUACAGAACAGAGUUUACUGCAGAGCCUACAACCCAAUUCCUUUCUUUUUCUCUCCUUCUGUCUGAUCACCUAUUCUUGAUAUUAUGGCGGGUGCUCUGGUGGGUGGAGCUUUUCUCUCUGGUUUUAUUAAUGUUGUUUUCGACAGGAUCUCUUCACCUGAGGUUGCUAACUUCAUCCGAGGCAAGAAGCUUGACAGCAAGUUGCUUCAAAGAUUGGAGACUACCCUUUAUGCGGUUCAGGCUGUGCUUAAUGAUGCUGAGCAUAAACAAUUCUAUGAUCCCGCUGUGAAGAAGUGGCUCGAUGAUCUCAAAGAUGCUGUUUAUGUGGCAGAUGAUUUGCUGGACCAAGUUUCUACUGAAGCUGCCACUCAAAAGGAGGUGAGUAACUUUCUGUCUCGAUUUCUCAAUUUGCGAGAUAGGAAGUUGGUUAAUGAGAUUGAAAACAUCACUAGCAGGCUAGAAAAUAUCUUAAAAUACAAAGAUAUUCUUGGUCUGAAAGAUAUUCCCGGAGAGAACUUGUCUUGGAGAACUCCAUCAACAUCUCUAGUAAAAGGGAAUAUAUAUGGAAGGGAAAACGACCAAGAAACCAUGAUCAAAAUAUUAAAUGACAGUAGUGAAGAGAAAGUGUCUGUGAUCCCUAUUGUGGGCAUGGGUGGGGUUGGAAAGACCACUUUAGCCCAAUGGGUGUUCAGUGAUGAGAAUUUGAUGAAGGGGUUUCAUUUGAAAGCAUGGGUUUGUGUGUCUGAAGAAUCUGAUAUUCUUAAUAUUACAAAGACUAUAAUAGAGGAACUUACUCGUAGUCCUUGCAACAUGAAGAAUUUAAAUUUACUUCAACUUGAUCUGAAGGAAAAGUUGUCGGGAAAGAAAUUCUUUAUUGUUUUGGACGAUGUUUGGAAUAUUGAUCAUCAUGGUUGGAAUAGUCUUAAAGCACCUUUUCAAUGCGGAAUUAUGGGAAGUAAAAUUCUUGUAACAACACGUAGUGCAAAGGUUGCUUCAACUGUCCAAACUUGUCCACCUUACCAUCUGCACGAGUUGUCUGAUGAGCAUUGUUGGUCGGUGUUUGCAAAGAAUGCACGUUUCCCAGAAUCUAAUGGUGACUCAACUCUUGAAAAAAAUGGCAGAGAGAUUGUUAAGAGGUGUAAGGGAUUACCUUUAGCUGCAGAAACCCUUGGUGGUCUCUUGCAAACAAAACAUGAUGUCAUCAAUUGGAAUUCUAUAUUGAAGAGUGAAAUUUGGGAAUUUUCCACAGAUGAUAGUAAAAUUAUUCCAGCAUUGAGAAUAAGCUAUUACCAUCUCCCUCCACAUUUAAAGCGUUGUUUUGCUUAUUGUUCAUUGUAUCCCAAGGAUUAUAGAUUUCGUAAAGGUGAAUUAAUCUUAUUAUGGAUGGCAGAAGAUCUUUUACGGCCAUCAAAGAAAGGGGAGAUAUUAGAAGAAGUUGGUUCUGAAUGCUUCGAUGAUUUAGCUUCUAGAUCAUUUUUCAAACAGGUUGGAACUUCUAGCCAACGUUUUGUGAUCCAUGAUCUCCUGCAUGACUUGGCAAUAUCGGUUGCGGGAGACUUCUAUAUUAUGUCAGAAGAUCUUGGGAAAGAAGACAAGAUUAAAAUUCACACUCGUCAUUUGUCAUAUGCAAGGUGGAGCCAUCCGAUCUCGAACAAUUUUGUUGCCAUUGAUACAUUAAUAUCUUUGAGGACUUUUCUGCCAAUCAAUUUCUCAACUCCUUCGUUCAGCUUGGAAAGCACAGCAUUGAUCAUCCUAUCGAAGUUAAAGUACUUAAGAGUUUUGUCAUUUUCUGACUAUGAGGAACUUGAAGCGUUGCCUGAUUCAAUAGGUGAAUUGAUCCAUCUGCGUUACUUGGAUCUCUCUUUCACAAGUAUCAAAGCAUUUCCAGAAUCAUUCAGUAAUUUGUUCAAUAUGCAGACGUUGAAGCUGCGUGGUUGUCAUCGUCUGACCAUGCUACCAAGUGACAUGCAGAAUCUUGUGAACCUGCGACAUCUUGAUAUUAGUGGAACUGUUUUAAAAGAGAUGCCUCGGGGAAUAAGCAAAUUAAAACAUUUGCAGCUUUUAAGUGACUUUGUUGUGGGCGUGCAUGAAGAGAAUGGGAUAAAGGAAUUGGGAGAACUUUCAAAUCUUCAUGGAGAACUAUGUAUUGGCCAAUUGGAGAACGUUGCCAGUAUUGGUGAAGCAAGGGAAGCAAGGAUAAUGGAUAAGACCCACAUUGAAAAUUUGAUCUUGGAGUGGUCUUCAGUAGGUGAUAUGGUUACAGCCUCGACGCACACCGAAAGAGAAAUAUUUGACAAGUUACAACCUCACAAAGGCUUGGAAGGGCUCAGCAUCUAUGGGUACAGGGGUACAAGAUUUCCGGAUUGGGUAGGGCAUUCUUCCUACCACAACAUGACUGAUCUAAGUGUUGUUUCUUGUAGCAAUUGUUGUAUGCUCCCUUCACUUGGACAGCUACCUUGUCUAAAGUCCUUGAAUAUUGGAGAUUUUAGUGGGCUGGAGACUAUUGGUGCCGAGUUUUACAAGAGUGAGAGUGAUCAUUGUUCUUUGGAAACACCUUUUCCGUCACUGGAGUAUUUGUCAUUUUGUAGAAUGUCAUGUUGGGAGAAGUGGUGUUCCUCAGAACCAGAUGCCUUUCAUAAACUUGAGGAGCUUACAAUAGAGGAUUGUCCCAACUUAAGUGGAGACCUGCCUCAUCACCUCCCUGCUUUGAAAACACUCGGGAUUUAUAGAUGCGAGCAGCUUAUUUCUUCUCUCCCAAGUGCUCCUGCAAUUCAGAGAAUAGAGAUAUCUAAAAGCAAUAAAAUAAUGUUGCAAGUGUUACCGAUAUCACUGCAGUCUCUAUCAAUAGGAGGAUCAAAGCCGGUGGUGGAGUCCAUGUUUGAAGCUAUCACCGUCACCCAACCAACUUGUCUUCAUUCUUUGAGCAUCUCAGAUUGUUCCUCUGCGUUAUCAUUUCCUGGAGAUUGUUUACCGGAAUGUUUGAAAAACCUUGGAUUACUGAACUGUGAAAAACUAGAAUUUCCAAAGCAACACGAGUUGCUAGAAUCACUGAGAAUGGAAAACAGUUGCGAUUCAGUCACAUGCUUCCCAUUGGAGACCUUUCCUAAUCUCAAGCGUGUGGCAAUUGAAAAGUGUGAAAAUAUGGAAUCUCUUGCAGUGUCACAGUCACCGGUUAAUGAUGCUCUUCAAAGUCUCCACAUCAGUGGAUGUCCCAGCAUGACUUAUUUCAGUCUCUCCGAUUGCAACAAGUUGAAGUCAUUGCCAUGUCACAUGAAUACUCUUCUCCCAAAGUUAGAACAACUGAAUAUAAGAAGUUGCCCAGAAAUUGAUUCGUUUCCGGAAGGGGGUCUGCCGCCUAACUUGACAAGUCUUCAUAUCUCCAAAUGCGAGAAACUAUUGAGCUGCAUAUCGUCGAUGGGCAUGCAUCAGGGUCUCACUUUUCUUUGGAUUUCAUCACGUGAGAGUGCCAAGUCAUUCCCGAAGGAGGGUUCUCUGCCUCAGCUUCCCUCGCUUACCACUCUGACACUGUGGGAUUUUGAGAAUAUGGAGACGUUGAACUGCAAGGAGCUUCUCCACCUCACCUCUCUCCAAACAUUAGAAAUUGGUCAGUGUCCCAAGCUGGAGAAUAUGGCGGGGGAAAGGCUGCCUCCCUCUCUCAUAAAACUCGAAAUCGAAGGAUGUCCUUUGUUGGAAGAACGGUGCAAUACAAAGCACCCGCUAAUUUGGCCCAAAAUUUCCCACAUCCCCUGCAUUCAAGUUAAUUACAAAUGGAUUUCGUGACGUGUGAUUCUCAACAGUGUCUUUGCGGUGCUUUAUGCUCACCAAAAAACACAGUGAAUUUAUGUUGACUGCGGAGUAAGAUUAUUUCAAGCCUGAACAGCUUCUGGAACCUGAAAGUGUACUACCUUUACCACUUUUGGAUCAGAAGGCUGUCAAAAUAAUUGUGCUGAUUACCAGCUCAGAUUAUUAUUAUACCAAAGAAAUGAUGCAGCAUUCAUUUAAUAGAUUCCUUCCUUACCAAUGAUAGCAGCUGCCGAGGUCUGUUUUGCAUUGGAUAUCAAAGUGGCUGAAUUGCUUGUCGAUUUUGCUGGACAUGACAUGCUUGCUAGCUUUGGUGUGCAAAUCAUUGUUGAAAGAUUUGUGGAGAAGCAAUCACUGUCAGAAGAAGUACAAGCUAUAGUAAAUUGGGAUUUCUCUGUUCAACAACUAGCUGGAUUUGUAACUGAACUCUACACGGAGGUUUUCCAUUGGAGCUGAAGAGAUAACAACUGCAGUCAAGAAUUUGCUAUUGAUAUAUGCAGUUUGGGUUACACAGUCAUUAAAAUGUGCGGCUCUUGAUAACAACUCCAUUUUCUCUUUUGUGGGCUCGUGAACAAGCUGUGGUCGUUUUAUAAAUUUCGUCAAAUGACACUUCAAUACCUGAUUGUCUCCCGGAGGAUCUCGAGAUGCCAUCUGACAAAAUUUACAUUUGAUCUUCUUUUCUUUAUAUUUGUACAUAUGGGUAAAAGCAUUGAACUCUACGGUCAUUGCAAAGAUUGCUUAAUAUUUUGAGGUGGAGAUUUCCAAGGAAGAGAUCUUAUUGCAGAAUAUUCAUCUUUUGGGACGGAAGAGGAUAGUUACAACUUACAACUUACUGGUAUAUGACGAGGAAGUGUUGUAAAUAAUAUUGAUUUAGUUAUUAUUUAGUUUUUAUUUAGUCAUUUAUUGUUGUAUUGGGCCAAGCCCUUUGUUGUAUUGGGUCAAGCCCAUUAGGUUAAAAGUAGGUCAAAUAUUCUCUAUAAAUAGAGAACCCUUUGUACAGAUUAUUUACAAUUCUAUAAUAUAUUAGA